ACGCGGAUCCAUGCACGCAAAACCAGAUUAACCGUCUUUAAAGAGAAUGUGGCCAGAAGAGCUUCCUCACAAGAACACCAUAACCCAACUCCUCAAUUCAUAGGAAGCAGAACUUAAAAAGUCUAAGAUGGCACAAGCACAAGAGAACAAAGAAAGUUACAAACUGUCAAGCUAUGAUGCCUAUUUCGAGAAGAUUCAAUCAAGGAAAAAGUUACCAAGCGCAUUACAGGAGACUUUAACAGCUGCAUUUGCAAGGAUUCCAGUUUCAUGUUUCCCAUUAGUCCCUGGAGGCAAAGUCAUUGAGAUCCUUGCGGACACAUCUGUAGCUGAGGCAGUGAAGAUUCUUUCCGAGUGCAAAAUCUUGUCAGCUCCUGUGAAAAACCCAGAAGCAAGAACCAGUUCAGAUUGGAAAGACAGAUACCUAGGGAUCAUAGAUUACUCUGCCAUAAUUCUGUGGGUGUUGGAGGGUGCAGAGCUUGCUGCGGUUGCUCUAUCAGCUAGCACUGCAAUGGCUGCGGGAGUCGGCGCAGGCGCCAUUGGUGCUCUCGGAGCAGUAGCGUUGGGAGCGACCGGCCCGGCUGCAGUUGCAGGCCUAACUGCUGCCGCGGUCGGUGCUGCUGUGGCUGGUGGCGUGGCUGCAGAUAAAGGCAUGGGGAAAGAUGCUCCCACGGCCGCGGAUAAAUUAGGCGAUGACUUCUACAAAGUCUUGCUGCAGGAGGAGCCCUUCAAGUCAACUACUGUGAGCUCUAUACUUAAAUCCUACCGGUGGGCGCCUUUCAUUCCGGUAGCCCCCGAUAGUUCAAUGCUGAGCGUCCUACUUCUACUCUCAAAGUAUAGAUUGAGGAAUGUCCCAGUAAUCGAACCGGGCCAGCCCGAUAUUAAGAACUUCAUUACACAAUCGGCAGUUGUUCAGGGUUUAGAAGGAUGCAAAGGAAGAGACUGGUUUGACUGCAUUGCUGCCCUGCCCAUCUCUGACUUGGGACUUCCUUUCAUGUCUUAUGAUGAAGUUAUUAGCAUUCAGAGCGAUGAACUGGUUCUGGAAGCUUUCAAGCGAAUGAGAGACAAUCAAAUUGGUGGUCUCCCAGUUAUAAAGGGGCCAAAGAAGAAGAUGGUUGGAAAUCUCAGCAUAAGGGACAUCAGAUUCUUGCUGCUUAAACCUGAGCUUUUCUCCAAUUUCAGAAAGCUUACUGUUGAGGACUUCAUGAACACCAUUGUCUCAGCAAGCCAAGAAACUGGAAGAAUUGUCCCACCAAUUACAUGCAAACUUGAUUCAACUCUUGGCUCUGUAAUCCACAGUCUUGCGUCCAAGUCGGUUCACAGGAUUUGCGUGGUUGCUGGCGAGGACGAGGUUGUCGGUGUCAUUACACUCAGGGAUGUGAUUUCCUGCUUCAUUCAUGAACCCUCCAACCAUUUCGAUAGCUACUUUGGGUUUUCCAUGAAAGAGAUGCUCAACCAGUGAAAAGUUUCAUUUUCAGGAGCUCUAUUGAAAAGAAAAAGUCGGUUUUUCGGACUUUGGAACAAUUGAGUUGCAAUGUUUUUAAUG